AUGGUUAUACCUUUGGCUGCACCAAAUUUCUUCAAUGUGGAAACUUGGAUUUACGAGUCGGGAAGGAAUAGUUUCUGCCGUGAAUGGUGUGUACAUGAUUUUAAAACAGGCAAACCUCUGAUACGAGCAGCCAGUUUACAUGUGAUGAUGAAUAAGAAAACAAGGAAAUUUGCUAAGUUGAGGGAGGAAGUCAUCAAAGAUUUGAAGCCUUUUCUUAUGCAAGGCCAUCCUCACAUCCAAGGAAGAAGCAGAAAACUCGCGCAACUUGACACCAAAAUAGCCAAUUAUGUUCGCACAUCUUUAACUCCUGGAUGGACGGAUAUGGACGUAAAUGAGCAUGUAAGUCAUAUAAAACUGGUUAACUAUGUUCUCGAGAGUGUUCCUAGGGCACUUGCCACGAACCACAAGAUUUCAGCAAUAAAAUUUGAUUAUCGAAAGGAAUGCAACAGGGAUUGCGUGCUGCAAUCCUUUUCCAGGGUGAUUAAUAAUAGCAGCGGCGUUAAUGAGUUGAUGGACAAUGGAGGAAUUGAGUUCGAUCACUUACUUCGUCUUGAGGGUGGGCAGGAAAUAGUGAGGGGAAGGAGCAAGUGGAAGCCAAAAUGUGAAAACAAUUCAACAUGCAGAUUCGAAUUGAUAGAGUGA